AUGGACCGCUGCAAGCACGUGGGGCGCCUGCGGCUCGCCCAGGACCACUCGAUCCUGAACCCGCAGAAGUGGCGCUGCCGCGACUGCGCCGCCACCGAGUCGGCGUGGGCCUGCCUCAAGUGCCCGCACGUGGCGUGCGGCCGCUACCUGGAGGACCACGCGCGCCGCCACUUCGAGCAGAGCGGCCACGCGCUGGCCAUGGAGGUGCGCGACCUCUACGUCUUCUGCUACGUGUGCCAGGACUACGCGCUCAACGACAACCCCGAGGGCGACCUGCGGCUGCUGCGCAGCGCCCUGCUGGCCGUGCGCGGCCCGGCGCGGGACCCGCCGGUGCGCAGCGGCCCGACGCUGCGCUCCAGGGCCGCGGCCGACGACGCGGCGGACGCGGACGCGGCGGCGGCGGCGGCGGCGGCGGCCCCGGCCCCGCGCGCGCAGAUGCAGAUGCUCACGGCGCUGCGCCACCGGCGCCGCCGCCUGCUGGCCCGCGCGCUGCGCCUGUGGUUCGAGCGCAGCUCCCGCGGCCGCGCGCGCCUGGAGCAGCGGCGGCAGGACGAGGCGCGCGAGCGCAGGCAGGAGGCGGCGCGGCGGCGGCGGCGCGAGGUGAAGCGGCGGCUGCUGGAGGAGCUGGCCCGCGCGCCGCCGCGCAAGAGCGCGCGCCUCCUGCCGCCCGUGCCCGCGCCGCCCGCCGGGGCCCCCGGCGUGACGGGCCUGCGCAACCUGGGCAACACCUGCUACAUGAACUCGGUCCUGCAGGUGCUCAGCCACCUGCGCAAGUUCCGCGAGUGCUUCCUGCACCGCGACCCCUGCGAGGCGGAGCGGCUCCUCGCCCGCGCGCGCGCCUGGGAGCCCGACGGCCUCUGCCCGCACGGCAACGGCGGCGGCGGCGGCCUUGGCCUUGGCGGCGGCGUCGGCGUUGGCGCCUCCACCUCUUCCUCCUCCGCCGCCCCGCGCCGCCGCCUCGAGCUCGUCCAGCACAAGGAGCCCCGCUCCAAGCACAUCUCCCUGUGCCACGAGCUGCACACGCUCUUCAGGGUCAUGUGGUCCGGCAAGUGGGCGCUCGUGUCGCCCUUCGCCAUGCUGCACUCCGUGUGGAGCCUCAUCCCCGCCUUCCGCGGCUACGACCAGCAGGACGCGCAGGAGUUCCUCUGCGAGCUGCUGCACAAGGUGCAGCAGGAGCUCGAGGCCGAGGGCGCCGCGCGCCGCUUCCUCAUCCCGCUCUCGCAGAGGAAGCUCACCGGGCAGGUCCUCAAGGUGGUCAACACCAUCUUUCACGGGCAGCUGCUCAGUCAGGUCACAUGUGUAUCAUGCAAUUAUAAAUCCAAUACCAUUGAGCCCUUUUGGGAUCUGUCCCUGGAAUUCCCUGAACGCUAUCACUGCAUAGAAAAGGGAUUUGUCCCUUUGAAUCAGACAGAGUGCCUGCUCACUGAGAUGCUGGCCAAGUUCACAGAGACAGAGGCCCUGGAAGGGAGAAUCUACGCUUGUGACCAGUGUAACAGCAAACGCCGAAAAUCCAACCCCAAACCCCUUGUUCUGAGUGAAGCUAGAAAGCAGUUAAUGAUCUACAGACUACCUCAGGUCCUCCGGCUGCACCUUAAAAGAUUCAGGUGGUCUGGCCGUAAUCAUCGUGAGAAGAUUGGGGUCCAUGUCGUCUUUGACCAGGUAUUAACCAUGGAACCUUACUGCUGCAGGGACAUGCUCUCCUCUCUUGACAAAGAGACCUUUGCCUAUGAUCUCUCCGCAGUGGUCAUGCAUCACGGGAAAGGGUUUGGCUCAGGACACUACACAGCCUAUUGCUACAACACAGAGGGAGGUUUUUGGGUCCACUGCAAUGACUCAAAGCUGAAUGUAUGCAGUGUCGAGGAAGUGUGCAAAACUCAAGCCUACAUCCUUUUUUACACUCAAAGAACAGUUCAGGGCCAUGCAAGAAUCUCAGAAACCCAACUCCGAGCUCAGGUGCAGUCCAGCAACAAAGAUGUGGGCAGACCACGGACCUUUCCCUGAAAGGGAGGUGCUUGUCAAGGACUGGCUUGCUUUCAAACUCUUGGUGUCUAUUUUUCUUUCCUCUUAUAGGAAAUAAGGUUUACCGCAGAAACAAAGUACUAAAUUGGUCUCACUGGCUC